CGCGGCCCCCGGCACCCCGCACCGGCCCGCGCCAUGCCCGCCGGCUCCGAGCCCACUCGCCCGCCCGUCGCCUCGCCCCAGGAGCCCGGGGACCCGCACCCGGAGCCGCACGGGGAGCUGCAGUACCUGCGGCAGGUGCGGCACAUCCUUCGCUGCGGGGCCCGCAAGCAGGAGCGCACGGGCACCGGGGUCCUGUCGGUGUUCGGCCUGCAGGCGCGCUACAGCCUCCGAGAUGAGUUUCCUCUGCUGACAACCAAGCGCGUGUUCUGGAAAGGUGUUCUGGAAGAGCUGCUGUGGUUCAUCAAGGGAUCCACCAACGCUAAGGAGCUGUCUUCCAAGGGCGUGAGAAUCUGGGAUGCCAACGGGUCUCGAGACUUCUUGGACAGCCUAGGAUUCUCCGCCAGAGAGGAAGGGGACUUGGGCCCGGUUUACGGCUUUCAGUGGAGGCACUUUGGGGCCGAAUACAAAGAUAAAGACUCAGAUUAUUCAGGCCAAGGAGUAGACCAGUUACAAAAAGUGAUCGACACCAUCAAAUCCAACCCUGAUGACAGAAGAAUCAUCUUGUGUGCUUGGAAUCCAAAAGAUCUGCCUCUCAUGGCCCUGCCUCCGUGCCACGCCCUCUGCCAGUUCUAUGUGGUGAACGGUGAGCUGUCCUGCCAGUUGUACCAGAGGUCUGGAGACAUGGGCCUGGGUGUGCCUUUCAACAUCGCCAGCUACGCACUGCUCACCUACAUGAUCGCCCACAUCACAGGCCUGAAGCCAGGUGACUUUGUACACACGUUGGGUGAUGCGCAUAUCUACCUGAAUCACAUCGAGCCACUGAAGACACAGCUUCAGCGAGAACCAAGGCCUUUCCCGAAACUCAAAAUCCUCCGAGAGGUUGACAGAAUUGAUGACUUCAAGGCUGAAGACUUCCAGAUUGAGGGCUACAACCCUCACCCAUCCAUUAAGAUGGAGAUGGCUGUUUAGAGCGCGUGGAGGACAGUAUCUGCCUUGAAGAAUCGUGUUUGAUGUAUAUUAUUGCUGCAGUGAAGUUUUCUACAUUUAUUCUGUAUCUUUUUUUUUACUGUGUUGCCAUUCUGUGUAAUUAAAUCCCUGCUAAAUAAACGUGUACAGUAUUCUCAUUUGGA